GAGGUGAAUGAGGGAGAAAAUGCAUGACCUGAAAUGUACCUUCACCCCUGCAUGAACAAACAUCACAGAGCAGGAGUGCUUGUCAUUGGUACUAAGAGCUAUGGGAGGCCAGCUGUGAUUCCAGAUAUUUUUCAUACGUGUGACCAAAUGGGUAUUGAAAUACUGUUUACAAAUAUGUGAAAAUCUACCCUGAAUUGUUCUUCCUUUUGGUUUUGUGUUUUUCCUGGUUGCCUCUAAUGAGCACUUGGAGCACACAUCGUGUGUCAGAAUCUGCUUCUGGGAAUUUCAGCCUGCACCAUCCACUUCAAGUAUCACUCACAGCUUAAACACAUUAGAACCACAUGGCUUAUUGUCAACUUAAAACAGAGGGGGGAAAAAGAAAAGAAAUGCCCUUAAGACUAUUUUGGUUUUUCUUACUUUGUUGUGAAAAGGCUGAAGCAGCAUAUUUUCAGGGCCUCUCUUAGGUUAUAUGCGCAUAUCAUGUUCUAGCAGCUACAGUUUGUUUUCUUUAAAGAAAUAUGUCUGUUUCUUAGAACUCAAAAUGCCACAUUUUUCUUGACUUUCAUGAAACUUGGCAGUGAAUCCUCUGUUCCUUCAACAUUUCUGUGUUCCCAGCUGAAUGUGUUCAGACUUCCCAGUGGUAAUACACAAGGUUUUUUUAUUGCUGGUAAAAAGAGUAUCCAAGCAUGGCUUAAACACACAUUUUUCAACUGAGUACAAGAGGUUGACAAUUUUAAGUUGUAUUAUUGAGCAUUUGUGUGCUAGUGAAAUAUUUCUGUUACUGAGAUGAUGACAAAAGCAGACGUGUUGUAUUACACUGUUUUCUCCUGCCACUGAAAACAAAUUUAUCUUUGUGAAUGAAGAUGUUUAUACCAGUUGAGUGUAAUGAAUUAGACCAAGUUAGCAUUAAUUAGCUGGAAGAUGAUGUAGGAUGUUUUGGGUUGUUUUUUUUUUUGAGGAGAACAGUUCAUUUCAUACCAGGAGUAAAAGCACUUUUUUCCCCUGCAAAUAUAUUGCAGUAUUAGGGAAAGAGAAACGUGCCUAGCAUCACCUGCAGGAUAAAGUCUGUGUUUCUGAGGCUUAAAAAUGUGGGUGGUGUUUGCCUCGUAUUUUGACGCAAGUUUGGAUUGUGGUAUGUUAUGGUACUUUAUGCUUCUGGACGCCAGGUGGUGCUGCUAAACCAUCUAAUGUGUUAUUUUCAUACUUCAGUGUGUGUUAAUGCUUGACUUCAGUGAUACUCUGCCUGUUAGCUCAGCAGAACAAAGUAGACUUCUUAAGGACAGUGGUUUGAAAAUGAUAAUGCAAAUUAGUUUGUGUGUAGAACCACAAUUUUACAUCUCGUGGGGCAACAGCUUCAAUCAGCUGUUGUUAGUUUUGAGUAUCUGGUUUAAUAGUCAAUGUACUGAAUGCUUAAGAGAUUUGAUUUAUUCAUUAUUUAAUGGUACUUCUUGAUAAAUUCAAUUAGGAAGCUGCUUCUGGUGGAGGCACCUUCAUUUUUAUUGCCAGUUUAAGACAGCAGACAGUAUUUGUGGAAAUCAAAUAAUGAAGUGAUGCUGAGGGUUGGGUGGUGACAUCAGUUCCCCCCUUAGGUGUGUUCUGUAUGUAAAGCUUGACUGAGGCAGGCUAAGAGCUUUCUCUUUGUCCUCUCAAUCUUUUUUUUUUUAAGCUGUGGUUUCAUAGCUACAUAACUGUAUCACAGAUGUUAUUUUUAGUACAGAGAAAUCACAUCUAGCAUGUGAUUUCUAUUUAUUUUAAGUGGGUUACAGUGUUUAAUAAACUCAUUGGGUAAUUGUGAUCUUCUCAGUGAAUGGAUUGAAGAUUACAUUUAAUUUUUAGCUGAAUCCUAAAGGUUGAUGGUACAGUUGGUCACUCAACUAUAGAAAAUCCUCAUAUUAAAGUCUCUGGAAAGAAGGAAAAUGUUAAAGAAGCUAAAGAGAAAAUAAUGUCAGUCCUGGACACAAAAAGCAACCGGGUAACCUUGAAGAUGGAUGUUUCACAUACAGAACAUUCUCAUGUGAUAGGGAAAGGUGGCAAUAAUAUUAAAAAAGUGAUGGAGGAAACAGGAUGCCAUAUCCAUUUUCCAGACUCAAAUAGGAAUAAUCAAGCAGAAAAAAGCAACCAAGUGUCUAUAGCAGGACAGCCAGCUGGAGUAGAGUCUGCAAGAGUUAGAAUUCGGGAGCUGCUUCCAUUGGUACUGAUGUUUGAAUUGCCUAUUGCUGGAAUUCUGCAACCAAUCCCUGAUCCUAAUUCUCACACAAUUCAACAUAUAUCUCAGACAUACAACAUUUCAGUUUCCUUUAAACAACGCUCUCGAAUGUAUGGUGCUACGGUCAUUGUCAGAGGGUCACAAAAUAAUACUAGUGCUGUGAAGGAAGGAACAGCCAUGCUUCUGGAACACCUAGCUGGGAGCUUGGCUUCUGCAAUCCCUGUGAGCACGCAAUUAGACAUUGCAGCGCAGCAUCAUCUCUUUAUGAUGGGUCGAAAUGGCAGUAACAUCAAACAUAUCAUGCAGAGGACUGGUGCUCAGAUCCAUUUCCCUGACCCUAGUAACCCACAGAAGAAAUCCACUGUCUACCUCCAGGGCACGAUUGAGUCUGUCUGUCUUGCCAGACAAUAUCUCAUGGGUUGCCUUCCUCUUGUGCUCAUGUUUGAUAUGAAGGAAGAAAUUGAAGUAGAACCACAAUUUAUAACGCAGCUAAUGGAGCAGUUAGAUGUCUUCAUAAGCAUUAAGCCGAAGCCAAAGCAACCAAGCAAGUCUGUGAUUGUAAAAAGUGUUGAACGAAAUGCCUUAAAUAUGUAUGAGGCACGGAAAUGUCUUCUGGGACUUGAAAGCAGUGGAGUCACCAUAGCAUCAAAUGCCUCUACUGUCUCAUGUCCUGUUGGUUUGUCUUGUCCUGGUUUGGAUAUCUUGUCUUCAGCAGGACUAGGACUCACUGGACUUGGCCUUUUAGGUCCAACAGCACUGUCCAUCAACACCUCAACUACUCCAAACUCUCUGUUGAAUGCUCUCAAUAGCUCAGUGAGUCCCCUGCAGAGUCCAAGUUCAGGCACACCUAGCCCCGCAUUGUGGACAACAUCUCUUGCUAACACGAAUGCCACAGGUUUCUCUGCUAUUCCACACCUAAUGAUACCAUCAACUGCUCAAGCAACUUUAACUAGUAUUUUGCUGUCUGGAGUACCUAAUUAUAGUCAGAACACUCCGUCUCCACCACCGGGCUUGACUCCUGUUGAAGUCCACGUCAAUGGCAUGCAAUCAGAGAGUAAAAAAGGGUCAGCUUCUUUAAAUGGUCAUGUGAAGGCCACAAAUAUCAAGUAUGCUGCGCUGUCUGCCACUUCACUGGGAGAAAAUGUGUUGAAUGCAAACCACAGUGAUUCAGCAAGACAAACAAGCACUCAUGGUGCAUCAGAACAAGUAGCUGCCAAGUCAAAUGGUACAGAAGGUUGUAAUGAUGCUUUUGUAGAAGUGGGCAUGCCAAGAAGUCCGUCCCAUUCAGCAAAUACCAGUGAUCUGAAGCAGAUGAUGAGCUCUUCCAAACAGGCUUGUUCAAAGAGGCAAACAGUUGAAUUACUGCAAGGCACCAAAAACUCUCACUUACAUACCACCGACAGGUUGCUCUCAGAUGCGGAGUUAAGUGCUUCCGAAAGUCCUAUGGCUGACAAAAAGGCUCCUGGAAGUGAGCGGGCAGCAGAGCGAGCAGCAGCUGCCCAGCAGAACUCCGAAAGAGCACGUCUAGCUCAGCCAUCUUAUGUAAAUAUGCAGGCAUUUGACUAUGAACAGAAGAAGCUGCUAGCAACCAAAGCUAUGUUAAAGAAGCCAGUUGUAACAGAAGUGAGAACUCCAACAAAUACCUGGAGCGGGUUGGGCUUCUCUAAAUCUAUGCCUGCAGAAACAAUCAAAGAACUAAGAAGAGCUAACCAUGUAUCAUAUAAGCCAUCUAUGACAACUACAUAUGAGGGUUCAUCAAUGUCUCUCUCACGAUCCAACAGUCGGGAGCACCUGGGAACUGGCAGUGAAUCUGAUAACUGGAGAGAUCGUAAUGGCCUUGGACCCACAGCUCAUGAAUUUGUCUCCUCAAUUGCCAGCCCCAAGCGGAAACAAAAUAAAUCAGCUGAACACUAUCUCAGUAGCAGUAACUACAUGGACUGCAUUUCCUCGCUGACUGGAAGCAAUGGCUGUAACCUGAACAGCCUCUUCAAGGGAUCUGAUCUGCCUGAGCUGUUCAGCAAACUUGGUUUGGGCAAAUAUACAGAUGUAUUUCAACAGCAAGAGAUUGAUCUGCAAACAUUCCUUACUCUUACUGAUCAAGAUUUAAAAGAAUUAGGCAUUACCACUUUUGGUGCCAGAAGAAAAAUGCUGCUUGCAAUCUCAGAACUGAAUAAAAACCGAAGAAAACUCUUUGAUCCAUCAAACAUACGUGCCUCAUUUCUGGAAGGUGGAGCAAGUGGAAGACUGCCACGUCAGUAUCAUUCGGACAUUGCUAGUGUCAGCGGUCGCUGGUAGCAGUAAGUUGUGGCUCAAAAAGUCAACUGUAAAAGACGGACACGGCAAUCCUGUGGACAGCCUUCACUGCACACCACCCUCUGCACUUUGGGAGUCUGGGUAUGAAGGACCAAAGCGUUUUGUCUGCACAAUACUGUGCCAAAAAUAAGAGAAAACACUUUUUGUCUGUUGUCUUUCAAAACACCAAAUGUGGGUUAGGUUUUACUCAAGUAGAUUGGACAGAUUUUGCAAUAAUAAUAUAGGGUUCUUUGUUUAGUAUUUUAUUACCUAUAACUAUAAUGUAUGCACUGAAUUUUUACUUUGUUGAAUGAAGGAAGAAUGAAGGGCUGGGAUGCCAGAGAGCAUAGAUUUUUGCUUUUUAUCAAGAUGGAUUUUUCUGGUACUGCUUAAAAUAAUUAUUGAGGUCUUUCUGCACUUUACAUGUUCUGAUUUCUUGUCCUGUGGAAACUUACUCCUCUCAUUUCCAUAUUGAUUUUUAUAUUGGCACUAAUCAAAAUUUUUUCCAGAUGUUUCUGCAUUGUCACAUCUCACUAUAAUGGUACUAUAGGAGCUGGUUCUUAGGCAUAUUUCCCUACUCUCUGUCUCCCAGUAGCUACCUGAAGAAAUUGUUCUGAAAUCAAGCCACAUGCUAGUGAACCAGUCCUAUUAUGCUAUGGUGAAGCAGUGUAGUGCUGCUUGCAAUGAAACUCAUUGUAACAGAUGCAAUGAAAGACCAAAAUGGACCUUGCAAUAUUAACCCUUUGCAGUCAUCAUAUUUAACUGCUGCCUGUUUUGCUAAAACUGUUUUUAAUGGUUGUCUCAAAGCAAAGGGCUAUUUUUAGUAUCCUGCCACUAAAGGACAUUUAUUUAUAUCAGACUUUUAUUUUUAGAUCCUAUACACCUACAAUAUGUAACAGAUUGUACUGAUCUACUGCAGACUUAUGGUAGAAAAUGAAAGGCGUUCAUCAAACUAGAGCUCCAGGCUGUCAGUUUGAUUAAACAGAACUAAUCUAAUUUGACAAGACAGCAGUGUUGCCAUUUAAUAAAUGACGAAUAUUACUUAUGUGAAUAUGCAUGCAGCAAUUAAGUGACCAACUUGAAAUGGAUGUAAUAGCAUGUUUUGUUCAAUUUAGAUUUGUAAUGGUCAGCUGCAGAAGUGUUUAAAAAUCUGGAGAUGAACUAUUUCUGAAACAAGUUAUGUUCAACAGAGUCCAUGUUAUAAGUGGCUAGAGCUAACUAUUGCAUUCUUAUACUGUGAAAGUCCAAAUAAUUUGGCAAUAUUAUUCCUGUCUUUACAAGUGUCUUGUUAUGCAUUUAUGAAGGGUUCUCAUAUGAUGAAGGAUUUCCUAAAGUGCCUCUUUCUGCAAUGCAGUAUGACAUUUCUAAGCAUUAUGUUUUUGAAAAGCAUUCCCAUGAGAAAUAUUGUGAAUUACCUCUACUGUAAUGUAUUAUUUAUGUUCGGUGUACAAGCCUUUUGAGAAUGGACAUAAACCACUGUCAAGUGCUCUUAAACAGAAGGCAUUAGAGUAACAUUUACAGUAGUUGGUUUUUAUGCAAAAAUGGGUGAGAAAUAGUUUUGACACUUUCCAAGGUUAAUUCUUUCAAGGUGAGAAAACAGCGAUGUAUAGGUAAAUUUGCACACACAAAGGGAAUUUAAAGAAAUUAUUACUUGAGGGCAUAGAUGAUCAAGCAAUAAUACAAAGUCUUGUUGGUUAGCAAAAAAUAACUGCUCAGUACUUCAGCCAUAUCUACUUAAUGGUGUAUAGCUGGGUGACUUCCACUGUAGAUCAAAUAGCAGUAGCUUACUCUGGGUUGAAGAUUGUUUUUCAGAUUGAAAUGGAUAGAACUGCAUCCUAUAUGCACACAGCUGUUCACAUCAAAAUUCUUGUGCUCAAAUGUUGUAGGUAAAUAUCCACUUAUCUGGGAUGUAUUUGUGUGUGUGUUGCACAGGCAAGAGCAACUUCAUGCAAACCCUUGUGGAAGCCACAACUAAUUCAAGAAGUAUUUACGCUUGUGCUUGCUUAUAAGCAUGUAGGUAGCUCCAUUGACAUGGACUGACUUACAUGCUUACCAAUGAGCUUUCAUUUAAAUAUUUUCAUUUUUAAGACUAGUGUUGGAAAAUCAAGUUGUUUUCAGUUAUGUUCGUUUUCUAAAAUAUUUUAAUGACAUACUCAGCAACACUUUGUACAGAAUUUUCUGCAACCCCUUCUUGCUUCUUUGUCUAAAAUUAAAUGUAUCAAAAGUACCUUUACACUCUUAAAUUUUAAUCUUUCAUAAGUACAUACUAUGUAUCUAGACAGUACUAUAUAUUUGGAAACUGAACUUAUUACAGUAUUAAGUUGAUGUGGUCUUUUCCUGAGCAGUGCUUAUAUCAUCUACACCAAAGUGAAGAAUUUCCCAUCAACAACAUUACUUUCAAUAGGGCUUCACACACAAAAAAAAAAGAACACACUGGAAAAAGAAAAUUUCUCACUUAUUUUGAUUCCACAAAGGGAAUAUGACAGUACAGCAUACCAUAUUGUUAGUGUUAUAUUAUGCACAAAUAUUUGACUUGCUACAUAAAAAUGUUAGUUUUAAAUCUGUGCCUUAAUAGUGACCAGUUAUCUGUAAAUAUAGAGCAGAUACAGAUUGUAUUUUUGUGGGUUGUGUCCUUUUAGUGAUUUUUAAAAAAUAAAAAUAAAGAAAAGAUGAAAUUAAAACAUUAAAAAUGGGAAUUUUCAAAACUAAUCAAUGUUGCAUAAAAUAAAUUUAUAUAACUGCCUUGUA